AUGGCUCCCACAGUCCUUCACCUGCGUCAUGAGGACAAGCCGCUUGAGCAUCGGUCCGCUCUCACUCCCACCACGGCCAAAGCUCUUCUUGAUGCCGGCUACACAGUGAAUGUCGAGAGGAGCCCUGCGCGCAUCUUCGACGACGACGAGUUUUCCUCUGUUGGCUGCUCGCUCGUUCCUACCGGCAGUUGGCGCGAGGCCCCCGCCGACCACAUCAUUGUCGGCCUGAAGGAGCUCCCCGAGGAGGAAUUUCCUCUCAAGCAUGUCCACGUGCAAUUCGCCCACUGCCAGGGUGGUUGGGAAACAGUGCUUGCCCGCUUCCCCCGUGGUGGUGGAACGCUUCUAGACCUGGAGUUCCUCCAAGACCCUAAUACCGGUCGCAGAGUGGCAGCUUUCGGAUACAGCGCAGGUUUCUCGGGGAGUGCUCUAGCUUUGAAGAACUGGGCCUGGCAGCAGACCCAUCCCGCUACCGAGCCGCUCCCCGGUGUUGAGAGUUACCCUAAUGAAGAUGCGCUGAUCGCCGAUAUCAAGGAUGGGCUCGAGGCCGCGCGAGCCAAGGCCGGACGCUUACCUCGCGUAAUCGUUAUAGGUGCUCUGGGACGCUGUGGUCGUGGAGCUGUCGACAUGUGUCUCAAGGCGGGCAUUCCGGAUGAUCAAAUUAUCAAGUGGGAUAUGGCAGAGACUGCCAAGGGAGGCCCAUUCCAGGAAAUUCACGAGAGUGAUAUAUUUGUCAACUGCAUUUACCUGACAUCUAAGAUACCCCAUUUUGUAAACCUGGAAUCCUUGAAGAAGCCAGGACGAAAGCUUACAGUCGUCUGUGACGUGUCAGCCGAUACUACAAACCCUAACGUUCAUGCCAAUUCAGUUCCAAUUUAUACCGUCGCCACCACAUUCACAAAGCCCACGGUCCCUGUGGAGGGCCUUGAGGGCGAGCCGUUAAGUGUCAUAAGCAUUGACCAUCUCCCUUCGCUAUUACCACGGGAGUCAUCAGAAGCCUUCAGCAACGACCUUCUACCCUAUCUACGUAAGCUCAAUGACUGGCAGAAUGACCCUGUCUGGGCCGGUGCGAAGAAGCUAUUCGACGAGAAGGUCAAGACGCUUCCUAAGGAAGCAUUGAAUUAG